AUGUCAAGUGAUAUCCCUGUAUAUCAACGAAAGCCCUACCUUAAUGGUAUUGAGAAGCUUAUAGAGGAUGUGAUGUUGGUCUUUCCGGCUAUUGAUACUUUUGAGGAGUAUAUUAAGGACCUUAUGGAGAGGGACAAUCAUAUGUUCCUUGAAAGUACUCUGAUGCAUUUUCCAAAUAUCAGACUUACCAACAGUCACAUUACAAGGUGAUAUUUAUCAUGAAGGAGAAGAGUUUGAGUUUUUGAUUCUACCAUAAACGGUUUUAGCUGUUUAUUGGAUCCGUACAUAGUGAGAGGCAAUGUUGUAAAACUCCCCGAGUUGGCCGAUUACUCCUCCGAGUACUCGCUACUCGGUCCCUUACCGAGGCGAGUUACAGAAUCCCGAGUACUCCCUGAUCGGCCCCUUAUUGAACUGAACAAUGUUGUAAAAUUCGGUCAACUCGGUGAUUAAUAUGUAUAAUAUACUUAAUGAUUUAUUAUUUAACACACUCACAUAUGAUUAUUACUACAUAUAUAUCUUAAAUUUUUAGUAAUUAUUCACGAAGUUAAACCA